AGCCAGGGGACUAGUGAGAAAGAGAGAGAACAACUAUAGGAGCAGUAAAAAAGAGAGAGGAUGCUGUCAUAGGGAUGUGUUAGCUUGGAGUAAUGCCAAGGCUGUGUGUAUGGAUACGGAAAACGUCAACUUCAUCUGCUAAAGUCAGCCUCCACGCAAACAGGCUAGUGUCACAGACGUGGGGGUCCACUUCACAGAAGAGUGGAAAGGCCCAAAAAAGCUGAAGGCUGAGAGAGGGAGAGAGACCGAAGGUGGCCUAUCGCGGUCAUUUGGUGCCAAUGUGCGGAGGCAGGUAGAAAGAAGACAUAAAGUGAAGUAACUCAGAGAAAAGAGAAAGACGAAGAAAUUGACAACAGAGUGGCCACACCAUUGUCCUGUGUUGGGACAGGAGACCAGGAGUGACCAGGAACACACUCUCAACUCCAAUAGAACCAUCCAUUCUGCUCUCCAUCUUUCUUCCUAUCCAUCCAUCCUCGAGGAGGAGAGAGAGAGAGAGAGAGAGAGAGAGAGAGAGAGACGAUGAAGAGACCUCAUGACUACAGCUCUCCUGAGUCAGACACAGAUGAGCUGAUUGAUGUGGGCCAGGAGGACGGCUACUGUCCUGUCACAGGGUCCGUGUCUCCAGGCAGCACCUCUCAGGUUUUGGCUCGUAAGAAGAGGAGAGGAAUCAUCGAGAAAAGACGGCGAGAUCGGAUAAACCACAGCCUGUCUGAGCUUAGGAGGCUUGUACCCAGUGCCUUCGAGAAACAGGGUUCCUCAAAACUGGAAAAGGCUGAAAUUCUGCAGAUGACUGUAGAUCAUCUCAAACUGCUGCACGCCAUGGGAGGCAAAGGCUAUUUUGAUGCCCAUGCCCUGGCAGUGGACUACCGUACGCUGGGCUUUCGUGAGUGUGUAGGGGAGGUGGUGCGCUACCUGAGCUCCUUGGAGGGCUCAGAAUCAGCUGACCCUAUUGGAGCACGGUUGGUGUCUCACCUAAGCCACUGUGCCAGUGAGCUUGACCCCCUUCUGCAGAGCCCUGCCCUGCCGUUCCCCCCCUGGCCGUGGGGCUCCUUCCCUGCCCUCUCCACACCCCCCUCCCCUGCAUCCUCUCCCUCAUUCUCCACUGCCAGCCGACGGGACCUGGGUCCACACGCUGCGACUACCCUGCUGGCAUACCCCUCCCCAGGCCUCCGUGUGCCGCCUUUGUCAGGCACGCAAGGCUCUCUUCUGAAUGUAGGGUUCUCCGGGGUGCGCAGGGUACAGUUGAUGCCAUCUGUGGCCCACAGACUGUCUCAGACGUCCUCUGAGGGUUCCGUGGCGGCUCAACCUAUUCAUGCAGUCACACGUUCUGCAUCCUCCUCUUCCCCCAUUCCUCAGCAGACCUCUUUCCGGCCCUUCAUCCCUGUGGGGUCUCCCUCUCCUCAGCGCAGGGGCACAAGUGGGUCCAGUAAGCCUGGACAGAAUUGGGGGACAGAGAUCGGGGCCUUCUGAUACACUCUCUCUUAUCAGACUCUACGAUGAUGCCCAAGGGGCCAUGGACACUGUGAGAAGACAGUGGGAAGAAAAAUGUGACUGCCAUGUUAUGACCUUAUCAUGCACCUCAGCAGUCAAGGAUAACCAAUUAGGUUACCUAUGCAACACCUUUCAGUUUUCACUCCAUUAGUUCCAUCGGUAUGUGCUACACAUCCAAAGGCCAAAAGAAAGAACUCUGUCAGUCUGAACAUUACAGCCAUGAGAGACACACAUGGAAAAGGUGGAGCGUAGAAUGUAGUUCGAUGCUAAGGGCAGCACACUGCUGUUACAUUUAAAGGCAGAUAGUUAAUGAACAAAGCCAUUUUCCCUGAUACAGGUUUGAACUGGAUUGGUCAAUGUCAAGAAUUAGCUGAGUUGUCUGCUGAUUGCCAAGUUUGACAAAAAUAGUUUAAUCAUUAUUAGGAUUUUUGCCCGUUAUUUUUUUUUAUUUACUCAAUUUUUUUUUUUUUUUUUAUUGAUCCACUGAUAAAAAAGUGUUCACUAAGUGUGAUGACUGAUUUGAGUCUGUUUAAAUGAGCAUGGAUUCAAGAAUACAGAAUGUUGCAUUAUUUUUUGCAAAGCAGUGAUAUAUUUGUUACGGCAACACAAAAAACGGCAUAAGUUUCCCAUAUUACAUGAGUGGCCUGCAGUAGGUAUCAGAGAGUUAAUAUGAAGACAGCAGUGAGGAUGGCCGAGUUGUGCUCAAUGCUCAUCUGAGCUCCAGUUGUUUUACAAAAUUUGUCCACUUUAAGAGGGUGUCAUGCCUAGUAUCCAAUCUUAGCAGUGCUGUAUCCUAGAUAAUUAUCAUAAUAGCCCUAGUGCUCUAUGGUCAACUUAAAAUGGUUUUAAAUGUGUACCUUUUUUUAAUUCAAUAGAUGCCUACUACAGCCUGAGCUCUCUUAAAGUGUAACUCUGGCGAAAAUUGACCACAGGGUCUUUUUUCUGCAUUAAAACACAUCAAAUAAGCCAUGGAGACAGUAUUUUUUGUUGAUCAACCACUACAGAGCUUGCUCCGGUAUACGCUAUAGCCUCAAAUGAUCGCAAACAGUAGAUUAGCUAAGGGCGGUGAGUCAAACGCUUCCCAAAUAGCAUUUUUUAACUAGUAAUAUUGUUCAAAACAGCAAACCUCGUCAGUAGCUUGCUCAGUGUCCCUACACAUAAAACGAAGCACCAACAACGUAGUUAGAAAACCCAGAGUUUAUUACAGAAGACUGUUAAGAACACUUACCAACUGUCCCCCUACCAGCUCCUCCAACUCCAGCAUGAAUAAUAGAUUAAUGAAACGUGACAGUACAAUGAAUCCUUGCCAUACUGGGUUGGUUUAAUGCAGAAAAAGACCCUGGGGUCAAUUUUCAUCGGAGUUACACUUUAACUGCCCCUAGUGAAACAUACCUUGCCAAAUGGCAUGGUAAUUUAAUAUAAUUUUUUUUUUUUUUUUAAUUAAUCAUUUACUCUCAAAAAUCAGUCUAGGGCAUACCAAUUGAAAAUAAAAUAACUGGAUUGUUCUCUAAAAUUCACAGUGGCAGACCAUGGGCAAAUGAGACGUAUAGAGUAGGCACACACUUUAAUCAAUAAUAACUCACAUCACACAUAUACUGUACGGCUGCCUGGUCUGGUGAGUCGCUUAUUCAUUCAACAGGUUAAAACAUACGGGCUGCUUAAUGGUGAAAGCUAUUUUUCUCUCUUGCUUUUUUGCAACGGUGAGUCUGUGUGUGUGUGUGUGUGUGUGUGUGUGUGUGUGUGCGGCUGAUGGGAGCUGUGUGGCAUUCUUCAGCCACAAAGGGAAAACAUAGAGAGGGCUGGUGGACUAGUGCUGUUUGCUACAGGAACCACGAAGAGGAACCAGAUCAGAGCUCUCUCUGUGCCCUUCACAGGCACGGCAGAAUUCAAAUGACAGUCAGCCUGACUGUCUCUCCCAAGCACACACCAUGCACAUACACAUGAUCACGCAAGAAAACACACUCCCACCAUCUGUCUUCCUCUCUCACACACAGUCUGUUCCAAUACACAUCUAUGUCAGCCUUUCACUACAUAUAUGUGUACUCCAUUCAUGUCAUGUAAACACACACUCAUUCUAGAGUAUCUCUUUCCUUCACACAGAUAAAGCACUUACCACAAGGGAUGGCACCCAUAGUUGUUUUGUUUGUUUGGCCAUAAGUAAAGGCCCUGGGAAAGAGCAUGUGGAGAGCCUCUGCUGUGCUGAUUACAUGUUACCCAUAUUACAUGUCUGCUUCCACCCCCAUGGCACCAUACUCAAAAGUA